AUGGAGGAAGCGCGCUCUGAAAAAGGCGCCAAUUAUCAGCUGCAAAAUAACACAACCUCGAGCUGUGAGCUGAAUUGGGAGAACGAUUCCGAAAACCCCAGAAACUGGCCAUUUUGGUAUAAAGCUUACAUUAUGGUGACAGUGGCCUUCAUUUCGACGGUGGUGAUUCUCAACUCCUCAUCAUAUACACCUGGCCUACCUGGGAUUGAGGCAUCAUUCCCAGGGACCUCCCGUACCGUGUCACUACUCGGCUUGACGACCUAUCUAUUUGGUCUUGCGCUGGGGAAUUUGAUCCUCGCCCCAUUCAGUGAGAUAUAUGGCCGACGUCCUGUCCAUCUAGCAUCGACAGCGUUGUUUACGGUUAUGAUCAUACCGGUUGCAUUAGCCCCAAACCUCACUGCCAUAAUGCUUGGUAGGUUCUUCAGCGGAUUCCUUGGGAGUGCAUCGUUGGCCACCGCUCCAGGCUCCGUCAAUGAUCUUGUUAGUGGCAAGGAUAGAGCCCUAGCUAUCAGCUGCUGGAGUCUGGGUACAAUGAAUGCGCCUGUCAUUGGGCCUAUCAUGGGUGGUUUUGUGUUUCAAUAUUUAGGAUGGCGAUGGAUUCAUUGGAUUGUACUCAUCUGCAGCGGAGUUUCUUUUGUCGCGCUUUCCCUAUCAAAGGAAACCUAUGCUCCAGUUCUAUUGAAAGCAAAACGAAAAAGAAAUCAAAUCCAGGAAGGCAACGAGCGUGAUGACCAGAUACAUUGGUGGGCCCUCUUGCGAACAAAUCUAAGCAGACCAGUGUCAAUGGCAAUCUUUGAACCGAUAUGCCUCUUCUGGGAUAUUUACGUUGGAAUAUUCUAUGCAGUCCUGUUUCUCUGCUUUGUUGGUUUCCCAGUUGUUUUUCAAGAUAUGCGCGGCUGGUCCCCAGGCAUCGCCGGCCUCGGAUACAUCGGCAUUGGGGUUGGAGUAACAUUGGCCGUCUUCGCAGAGCCACUUUUUCGUAUGCUCAUCGCCAAACAUCCACGUGACUCUGUCACUGGCCAGAUCUCACCCGAAGCCUACGUGGGCCCAGUCUGCAUUGGCGGUAUCUUGGUUCCAAUCGGUCAAUUCUGGUUUGCGUGGACAGCGCGGAAAUCUAUCCAUUGGAUAGUCCCAAUUCUAGGCAGUGUUCCGUUUGGGUUUGGCAAUUGCCUAGUUUUCAUUUAUACAAUGAGCUACCUAGCUGGUACUUACGGGAUCUAUACGGCAUCUGCUGUAGCGGGUAUGUCAGCUUCGAGGUACGUCUUUUCGGGUGUCUUACCUAUUGCGGGGGUGAAAAUGUACCAUGUCCUGGGAGUAAAUUGGACGGGGACGUUGCUGGGAUGCUUGGAAAUUUUUUUGAUUCCUAUUCCGUUCGUGUUCUAUAGGUAUGGAGAGAGGAUAAGACGGCGGAGUCCUCUUAUGUCGAGACUUAGUUAG